AUGUCUCCCUCUCAGAAUGAUAUCGCCAAGGGCUUCCGCGCCCUCCACAAACCUCUGGAUCCUCUCAUCCUCACAAACGUCUGGGACGCCAGCACCGCCUCAACCAUUGCUUCGCUCCCCAAAACCCGCGCCAUCGCCACAGCCUCCUUUGCCAUCGCAGCGUCCAUCGGCGUCAGUGAUGAAGAGCUCACAAAAGCUCAGAAUCUGGCCUCUUUGAAGAUAAUCAUAUCCGCAGCCCACCGUGUUAACCCUGACCUACCCGUCACAGCCGAUCUGCAAGAUGGGUGGGACAACGACUUGCCAAGCUUGGCGGCAUCAGUGAAGGAAGCUAUCGGCUUGGGCGUGGUGGGCUGCAACCUGGAAGAUAUGAAUAAUGUGACCGGCACAUUGCGGCCACUAGAUGAGGCUGUUGCGCGUGUGAAGACUGUGGUUGAGGCAGCGAAGGAGGCCGGAGUUCCCGACUUUGCACUCAAUGCUCGGACAGAUGUGUUAUCGCAGGAGGGGAAGACAUUGGAUGAUGCUAUUGUGCGGGGAAAGGCGUUUUUGGAAGCCGGGGCUCAUACAGUGUUUAUCUGGGGUGGACCCAAGGGACGGGGUGUUUCGAGUGAAGAGGUGAAGACUUUGGUGAAGGAACUGGAUGGCAGACUGAAUGUGAUGAUGAUGUCGGGAGAUGGCUUCUUGGGGCCACAGGAGAUUCGGCAGUUGGGAGUUGCAAGAGUGAGUAUUGGACCUGGAUUGUGGUUCGCUGCAAUGAACACGGUUAAGCAGCAGGCAGAGUCGCUGCUUUGA